AUGUGUGUCUGGCUGGCUGGCUGGGGGAGUAGUCGCUCGGUGGACCGCCUGCCUGAUAUGCUGCCAACUUGGGUGCUGGCUCCUCAUGCACUAUGUGGGUAUGACAUUAAGGCUUGGCCUCGUUGGGCACUCGCACAGACACCUCAGACGGCUGGCGAGACUUGCAGGCCUCUCCAGCCUCCCUCCAGUCUUCCUCCAUUACACCUCCGAAGUACUGAUGAUGGCAGGUCGCGGUGGAGAAGCUGUCCUCACGCUGCCCGUCACAUCCUCGCCACUUUCAUCCCCUUGCUCACUUCAAAAGUGACAUCUGUCAUCAGUAAGAAGCUUGGAAGCACAGUGUUCCUGCGAUGUGCUGCUUUGAUGGUGAUUUGGCCCCAGGCGUUUGUCAUACAUAACUUAGCUCGUUCCUGUGUCCCCAACAGGAGACCGAAGGAACUGAAGUGA